AGACAACUCAAGAAAUUGCCGCCGUGAAAAAAGCUCUCGAACAAGUUAUUCGUUUAUCACCACGUGAUUCUAUUGUAGCAAUCUUCCAGCAAUCGUUAAAGGGUUCACCCGAAGUACGGAAUCGGACAAUUAAUUUUUUGUCGAAUGAUUUGAAUCGUUUCAAAGAAGAGUUAUUCGAGAAAGGGGAGGAUGUUGAAGCAUGUUUUGCCAAUGAAGUGAAAAGAGCACUUCAUGAUGCUAGUAUUUCAGAAUUUGAGAUAUUUAUUAAAAUGCUUCUACCGCUUAAGAUAUAUCGACUUGAGAAUAAAGAUAAUUUAAAAGAAUUGGUUAAUGUAUUAAUCAACUCGAUCGUUACAGGAGACGAAAAAUUUGAUCCUACAGACCAUACCAAAGUACAAAAGCUCUUAUUGUGUGGGAAAACUCUUAUACAAUAUUUCGAGAAAGGUGUAAAAAGCACCUCAUUCCUUGCCUUCCUUGUGAACAAAAUCCUACCCAAGGAGAUAUAUUCUAGAUUACAGGAACGACACCAGAAAAUGAUUCUAAGAUUUCUAGCAGAAUGUAUUAGUGGAAAACACAAUGAAGCGACGAUCAAAAAUGCUGCUCCAUUAGUAAAAGAGUUAUUUAUUAAUGAAAUACCACCCCCUGGAGAAGAUACUGAAAUAGAGCCAAAACUUGAUUUGCCGAGAGUCGAAUAUAUUGUUUUUGCUUUAUAUUGCAUUGCUUCUAAGAUUCCAGAAAUAGUUGAAGGACAGGAAAUGAUUUCACGGUUCCGGAACCUCUACGCCGUUGCUAUAAAAUGCAUUUCACGUAUUAAACAAGGAUUGAAGGAUUUACAAAAGCGUGGGUCAAAGGAUCAAGAGACAAUGGAGAAAAUCAAGAAGGCGGAAAGUGGCCAAAUAGUAACAAAUAAUAUAUUAAGCAUGAUAAAGGAAUUAAUGAAGCCCGUAAAAGCCAGGCAUUUCACAAAAAUCGUGCAUUCUUGGAGUACAUCGAUACCAAAUGCUUUAGUUGCUUCCGCAUUGACACCAGUAAAACGAACAGUUGAUGCUGAUUCUUUAGCCGAGGUUCCAACGAAUAAAAAGCAAAUGGUAGAAAAUUUGCGAUCACAAAUGGUUCAGAAAUCCAAUUUCUCUCAAAAUACAAAAUCUUCUCGUGCUGGCCAAAUUCCAAGUCGUCAACAGUUUAGUAAAGACAUCCCUAGAAUUGCCGGUGUGGUUCGUAAUAACGGGAGUAACGGUGGCAGUGACAGAAGGUCUAAGAUAGAUAGAAACAGUGCCCAAAAUAGCCAAGCAAAUUUAUACGUUCCACCACCUAGAAGAGGUAAUGUGAAGUUUUUUGCUCAUUGA